UUUUUUUUUUUUUUUUUUUUUUUUUUUGGAGCUGGGGACCGAACCCAGGGCCUUGCGCUUCCUAGGUAAGCGCUCUACCACUGAGCUAAAUCCCCAGCCCCCAUGCAUUUUAAUAUUAGCCAAAAUAUUUGGGCUUAAGAGUUCAAAAAAAACCUAAGUCUACUGGGUUCUUGGUUUUAUGGAACAUUUUCAAAUAUAAACAAAUCAGAACCAAAAGAAUAACCAAGACUACACAGAUAUACCUUCCCAAUUCUGUAACAAGUCGUACCCCUGCGGGUUUGUUGCUAUUUGUUGGUUUGUUUUUUACACAGGGUCUCACUGUGUAGACCAGCCUGGUUUGGAACUCAAUUAUAUAGUUUAGGCUGUUCUGAGUGCUUGUUCACACCUGCUUUUUGGGUUGGGUUGUAGAAUACCCGAAAGUAUAAAAAAAAGGAGGAUUAUUUAUGUGUUUAUAUUAUAUUAUGUGUUUAUAGUUCUGCUGUCUUGAGGCUGAGGCAGGAAGAACACUUGAACACCGGAGUUUGAGACCAAACUGGAUAAUUUGUUGAGAUCUCAUCUCAGCAGGUGGGUUGAGGAUAGAGGAUGGAAGUGUAUGCAGUUCAGUAGUGGAGAACUUGCCUAGCAUGUGGAGGGCCCUAGGGUAAGUCCGCAGGGUAAGAGAGCAAGACUGAGUGUAAGCUGAUGGUAAUGGUUUGAAGUAUUGUGGCCACUUUGUGUCUAUAUCAGAAAGAAAAAUUAUCUUUGGAAUCUUAGAGAAAAGGCUAGGAUUUAACUUAGAAAGAUUCUAAGAUACAAUAAAAUUAAAGUAUAGAUAAUCAGUUAACACUUUACUAACAGUGUUCUGUAACCCAGACUGGCCUUGGGUUUUGAUUAUUGUCCUGUCUGUCCUAGCCUUCCUCAUAGCUGUGAUUGCAGGGUUGGGCCUGACCAUAGAAGUUCAGUGGAUUCUCCAGCUAAAAGACUAGAGUUUGUUGUUGGAUUUUUCUUUGUUUGGGUUUUGCUUGCUUGCUUUGUUUUCCUUAUUGGUGGUAAAGAUUGAGUACAGGGCUUGAUGCUUGGUGAGUAGACACUGUCCCUAAGCCAUUUACUAGAUGCUGAAAGAUGAAAAGGUACUUUAAUACACCAAGCUUUGGAUUGCUGACUUUUCUUUUCAUGGGCAUUUGUGGUGAUGAUGAAGAAGUCACUCUACCAGAUGGAUAUCUACCUCUCAAAGGUAGAGCAGAGUGUUUCCCUCGAGGAUGGGCUUAUUCCUACUGGUGCUGUAGGGUCGGCAGAUGAGUAACAAUCAGUAGCCCAGAGAGGUGAAAGCACUUUGUUCUUGGGAUGAACUUAACUUUAGGAAGCCCAUCCUUCUGAGGCGAAGGACAGAAUGCACUGUCAUCCAUAUCUAGCGUUCCCUGGUGUGGUCCCUCCUUGCCAUGAGUACUGCUUUAAUCUCUGUCCUUUCGUACACUGCCUUCUGCAUGGGUAGGAAACCAGGGUCACGGUAUCCUAAGUGCCUUGCUGCUUGGCAGGUCCUGGGUGGGUGGGGCUCAGACUUGGAAGGUUCCAGAGUCACCUUUGUAUUAGAUUAAGGUGUGGUCUCUAUGUUGGGUGGGAGUCUCCCUAGCUGAAAAACUUUCUUGCUUUUGCUUUGAAAGCUACGUGGGGGGAAUUGUGUUUAGGGGCCAGUGGCUGCUUGGACGCCACAGUCUCAUCUGGUUUUGUGUAAGACCCUGUUUCUGAGCCCUGCCCAAGCACCAUUUUUCCAGAAUGGACUUUCAAAAUUCAGGACUCAGUAAUUCAUCCUUCUGAGUCAUCCUACAGAGCAUUGCUUUUGAAGUGGCUGUAUGUUACCCUUUUUAUAUGUUGUUUUGUGAAGUUUGUUGAGAGUUGUUUGUUUUGAGACAGAAAAUCUUUGGGUAGCCCUGCCUGCUCUGGAGCUCAUCCUGCUGGACUCCAACUCACAGACAUUGGCCUGGGCCUUCCUCUGCCUCUGAGGGCUGGAACUAAAGAUGUGGGCCACCAGCUCCUAGCAAGUUGUUUGUUUUGUUUUGUUUUGUUUUGUUUUGUUUUGAAGACAGGGUUUCUUUAUAUAAUCCUGGAUGACCUGGAACUUGCUUUGUAGACCAGGCUGGCCUUGAACUCAAAGAGAUCUACCUGCUUCUGCCUCCUGAGUGCUGGGAUUAAAUGUGUAUCUCGUUAUGCUUGGCUACUGUUUCUUGAACUAAUACCAGCACACAAUUUGUACCUUUGGCAUACACAUUUCUAGAAGGUUAUUGGUGUGGUUUUAAUUGUAAAAUAGUAGGAUUUCUGUUUACUUAAGUACAAGAUCUCUGUUUACAGAAAUCCUGUGAUGUUUAGAGCCUUAAUCAUUGUCACAAAAUCUAGCCAAAAUUAAUGAGCUUAAGCUUGAACCAGUUAACAUUCAACUCUUGGUCUCUUUGUGUAAAGUGAGACGACUUCUGAGAUUUCGGACGAUUAAGACGUGGGUUUCCCACGAGGACAAAGACUGCUGUUGCCUCUUGUUCUUAUUUUAAUUGUAGAUUUUCAAAUAGAAGGGGAAAAAACUCUUUACGUAUGUCUACUUUUUUUUGUCUGCAAAAGAGUAGGCGAAGAGUUCUCAGUUAGGUUCUGUGUUCCUCUGCCUGGUACCCUAGCCUUUUGUUUGUCUUCUUGGGAAGAUGUCGUUUGGUAUUGGCAUCUAGUGACAGGUACCAAAGAUGCUGCUGAAUUCCACAGUGCACAGAGCCACCUUCCCACAAUUAGGAGUUACCUGGCCGGAAGAGUUAGAGGUUGAGAAACUCUGUUCUUUGGGCCAGGAGAGGGCAGGAGAACUGGCUCAGCAGGUGAAGGUGCCUGCCACCGAGCCCGAAUGUGACUUGAGGGUCCCUGGUAGAAGGGAAAAGCUUCCUCCUGCAAGUUUGUUCUCUGCCCUUCAUCACCUAAAAUUAGAGGAGGAAGCAGGACCCUAGUGUUUAGUCUCUAGGCAGAGCCAUGAGGUAGAUUGUCGUCACAGAGGUCAGAGAGCCGUAACCUCUGCCACGUGAUCUCUGCUGGCCCCACUUUCUAAAACAUCCAUUGACUCAAGCUUUUUAAAAAAGUGUCCAAACUACUGUUUUGGAUUUGUUUGAGCUGCCUAAUCCCUUUCCUAACCCUUAAGCCCCAAAUAGGAAACAGUAGAGUGGAAAUGUUUAAACAAAUUUACUUUCUGAACUUUUUAAAAAAAAUAUCUUCUUGUUAUAUUUACCCCUUUAAUAUUCUUUCAAAGGUUCCUCUUGUUUACGUUUUAAACCAGCAGAUUUUUCCCUGUGCUUGGUGCUUUAGACAGCCUAUCACCUAACCUCCCUCUCUCUUGCUUGGAAUUCCGCAUCUUCCUGCCUCAAACUUUUUAAUACUGAGAUUUCAGUAUGAGAGCAAUUGAACCCAAGUUCAAUUCUCAAAACCCAGAGUAAAGUGGUCAAACUCAUUCAUAGGUGACCAGUAGACUGCUGGUGGUCAGGGACGAGCCGUCAUGCAGGAUGGCGCUUCUAGAACUGCAGUCUCAUUUGUAAUGCCCGCUCCACACAUAAGUAGAUGUUUUAGUUUUGAUUAUACAUUUCAAAGUUCUUCCUAUAAAGCUGACACCGUCAGUUUGGAUGUUUGCAAGUUACAGUGUGUAGGCCAUUAGCAUUUAGUAGUUCUCUUACUCUGGCAGUCCAGCGACAUUGCUUUUCUCCGGUAAAAAUGUAAACACCCAGUAGGUUUUUAUUAGAAUUGAAUAAUUGCUAACUGUAUUCUAUAGUAUAUAAGACGUGUUUUAUAAGUGGAAGCUAUUUUUAUUACUAUUUUAACAUGGAACAGUGUGUGUGUGUGUGUGUGUGUGUGUGUGUGUGAUUUGUGUGUGUGUGUGUGUGUGUGUGGGUGUGUGUGUGUGUGUGUGUGUGUGUGUGGGUGUGUGUGUGUGAUUUGUGUGUGUGUGUGUGGGUGUGUGUGUGUGAUUUGUGUGUGUGUGUGUGUGUGUGUGUGUGUGAUUUGUGUGUGUGAUUUGUGUGUGUGUGUGUGUGUGUGUGUGUGUGUGUGAUUUGUGUGUGUGUGUGUGGGUGUGGUGUGGUGUCGUGCUGGGGAGGUUGAGUUGGUUAAUGUUUCAUAGGAAGGCUUAGGUUGAAAUCCCAGUGAAGGGACUGUUUUAGAAUUGUACACUGGGACCAGUAAGGCUAUUAUCUUUGCUUUUGAAUUUUGAAUCCAAAUGUCCUUUGCUUGUGCUUGAAAUUCUGUUUUUUUAACAUUUUAAGUUAGAUUAAAUUGUGUGUGGCUAUGCAUCCAUAACUGUGUGCGUGUGCAGUUCAUCGUGCUUUUGUGGAGUCAGGACAACUUGGAGGAGUUGGUUCUUUCCUACCAGGUAGCUACGGUGGUUGAACUAAGACUUGAUCAUGUGAGCCUUGUCUGCCAAGUCAUCUUGCUGCCUCAAGUGCUCUCUGUUCUUUAUGUUUCAGUUUUUUUCAUAAGGUAGGCUAAUACUGAGGGAGGCUUGUGUGGUCUCAUGUGUGCGCUGGUCUGUAUGUAGUGCUUAAAGGACAGUGUCUGAGCAUUGUUUGUGAUGCUGGGUGUCUGAGGCCAGCCAGCGUGCUGGGGCUCUGUAUGUAGGUAUUCUUUCAUUCUCCCAACACAUUUCUACUGUCAUCAACUGCCAGGUCAGGAAAGGGAGCUCUACAGCAAACCAGGAUCUUGCCCAAGGUUGUGUAAGCUUGUUUGGCAGAGAUUAGCUGGAGCCCCCGCUUCUCCUGUGGACCUGUGCUCCUGUGUGUCUGGGGCAUGCGCCUGUGGAUACCCAGGAGAGGGAGGGGCAGCAGUGACUAGCACUGCUCAUGGGGCUACAAGGGUCUGGGUGAGGGAUUCUCUGAAGCGUCACUCCCCACCCAGACUGUGCUUGCAGCCCUUCCUCAGAAGUGACCUGCUGACCCAGUAGUAGAAGGCAGUGAUUAGAGGUAAGAUGUGUAGAUGAAAGGAUUGCUUAGACCAUAACAUUAUCCAGAUUUUUUUUUUUCUGUAAAAUACUGUGCCAGGAUUCUGUGAAGAGUUUCAUUAUUGUCACAGCAGACACAGUAUUUGUCACAGUUUCAGUAGUGUUUGACAGUCAGAUUUUGAGUCGAGCACUGGGAUUGCAAGCUUGAGCCAUCCUGUGUUUUCUGAAAGAUUUCCUAAACAGUAUAUAUAAUGCAUCUUCCUCUUUUCCUCCCAUUGGACUAUAAUGUUCAAUUACAAAUCACCUCUCUAACUAGUAACAUUUAAUUGAUUUCCUACUACAUGAAGCUGUCAUCGUCCUGGUUUUAUGAAACUGCUGAUAUGUAGUAGCCUACAACAACAUUUUCUCUUUAGUUAAAACAUCGUUAUUUUUUUGUAGGAAGAACCGAGAAGUCAGAAUUGGAAGCAGUAUUUUUCUAAAUUUGUUUGAUUAGUGUCCUUCCUUGUUUGUUUUUUUCUUGCUGUCAGAAAAUAUCAGGACACUGCCCUCUAACACUGACUGAAGGUGACACACCCCUUUAAUCUCAGAGAUAGAGGCAGGCAGACCUCUGAUUUCUAGACCAACUUGGCCCACAUGGUGAGUUCUAGGUGAGCCAGGAUGACAUAGAGACCCUAACAACAGUGACCCUGACACAAGCACUUAUGGGAGAAAUGGUUUGUUUGGUUCACAGUUCCAUAGAGGCAGGGAAGUCAGGACAGGAGUCAAGGGAUCUGGUAACAUUGCAUCUGCAGUGAAGCAGAGAAGAGGGAUGCUAAGCUGCUGCUGGGCUCCCUCUCUGCACUUACGUCAGCCUGGGAACGCAUAGUGAAUGUGAAGGGAAGUCUGUGGUGUAUCUCUCCUCAGAAGAGUGCUUGUGAGCUGCCUCCUAGGUGCUGGGAACAAAAUUCAACUCCAGUCCCCUGACAGCAGUAGGAGCGCUUCAUGCGGAGCCUACCUUCAUGCGGAGCCUACCUUUUCAAGCCCUUGUGCUGUCAGAGUAAUGGCAGAUGCUCCUCCAGGAAGAUGUUUAAUUGGUUAAGAAUCAUAAAUGGUAUGAGUUGGGUGUAGAGGCUUAGGUUUUAGCAAAUGUUGAACUGACAAUGAAUCUGUAAAGGGAGGCUGUAUGUGUGUAUGUGUUUUGGUUUAUUGGAACCAAAGCCACCUUUGUUUUUACAUUUAAAAUGACAUACUUGUUUUUCCUUCAACUUCUUAGGUUUACAUUUUAAUUUAUUGAAUAUGACACUGUUCAUUUAUUAGUGUCUUUGCAAGGUUUGUUCUUAGUUAUGUAGAAAGCCAUUUAUUACUCAUCUUUCAUGGUUCUGUAGACAAAAAGCAGUUACAUUGCUGAGCCCUGGGUGGCAGAUGCUUUGAACAAAGUGAGUCUUUCAGGGUCACUAGAAAAGUCCUAAAGUGAGGGCACUUUGUCUCGGACAACUUGUCUAGAAAACUGAAGCUUCCUUAAACUUAUGGUAAAUUCACCUAGCUACGGAGCCACAAUUUCUAGGAUUGUCAUCUACCUGUGAUGUAGACCGAGGGCUUCCCUGCUGUUCAGUCAGACUGAGUGGACUCCUCAGAAUUUAAUCUCUAGCCCUUCCACAGUAAGCACCUUCUCUCUCUCUCUCUCUCUCUCUCUCUCUCUCUCUCUCUCUCUCUCUCUCUCUCUCUACUAUAGUAGUUCUUCUGUGUUUUGCUUGGGUUGUUUGAAGUGGGGUCUGGCUCUUUGGCUCAAGCCUGGAACCUGAAGUGUUUGUGCCUCAGCUCCUAAGUGCAGAGAUCUGUACGGCCUGACUGUUUUCUUUAGAAAAUGUAGUAAAUACACAGAAUACAGAGUGUCAGCCAUUUUGCCUUGUACAGUUCACUAGCGUUAAGUACUUUGCACAUCAUCUUGAAACUAUCAGUACUAUCUAUAUUCAGAACUCUUUUUAUCUGUUUUCCCAAGCUUUGUAUCAUUUAAACAGUAAAUCCCCUUUCUUCUUCCCAGCUUUUGCAAUUUUUGUUGGUAAACUGACUCCCCCAGACACUUUCCUUGGGAUAUGCUAAUACAUGUCUAAUCAUUUGAGGAGCCACCUAAGAGCUGUGUGACUCUGUUCAGCCUGCCCGUGGCCCUCCCCACCUUGGGCAGGGCUUUAAUGGCAAUGGAAAGAGUGGUUUCCACAUUGUCAGAAACCAUAUGUGGCAUUGACUUUCCCUUAAAAACAUUUUAAAUUAGUAUUGCCUUAUGUAAAGUUGCCACAAAAUCGUAAUACCACUUUCCUGUUCAUGGACUGUACUGGCUGGUUUUGUGUGUCAACUUGACACAAGCUGGAGUUAUCACAGAGAAAGGAGGCUCAGUUGAGGAAAUGCCUUCAUGAAACCCAGCUGUAAGGCAUUUUCUCAACUAGUGAUCAAGGGGGGGAGGACCCAGCCCAUGUGGGUGGUGCCGACCCUGGGCUGGUGGUCUUAAGUUUUAUAAGAAAGCAAGCUGAGCCAGCCAGGGGAAGCAAGCCAGUAAGUAACAUCCCUCCAUGGCCUCUGACUAAGACAUGGACAUUAGAGUCUUGGGCUAUAUUUAAACCAAUAGAAAUUUGAGUAUUAUAAAAAGCUCUGUUUAACUCUGAAUUUUCUGCUGAGUCACAUGCAGAUGUUCUGCCUCUGUCCCCUCCGCUGUGAGUGGUCUGAAGUCAUGGACACUCACCGAGCAGCACUUAGAAUUUGCAGGUAAAGAACUGGCAUUGGACAUUACCAGCAGUGUUAAUUGUUGAUAACAUUUUAAUUUUAUAGAGACAACUUGGAUUAAGAGGUUUUGCAUGACACACAUUUGGUACUAUCACUAAUAAUUUCUUUGCAUAUCAGAUUAGUUCUAUAUCAGGAAUUAAUAACCACAUUCCUUAAAGUAUACUAGGAGAGCCGGCUGACUUAGUCCUGAAGAUGGGAUUUGGUUUUUUUCUUCAGCUUCAUAGAUUUAUAAUUUAGUUUAUUGAUUAUGGCAUUGUUCAUUUGUUAAUUUCUUUGGGAGGUUUGCUUUUAGUUAUGUAGCAAGCCAUUAUUACUUGUCUGUUACGUAAUAAUUCUGUAGACAAAAAACAGUUGGAUUGCUGAGCAGUUUACAGCAUAAGGACUGUAAGUUCCUAUGACCUGAAAGCCGUACUUGAUCAGUGUAGUCAAAGACCACAGCACUUUCCUUUUCCCACUGUUCUUUAUCCUGUUCUAACUGUAUUUUUAAAUACAGAAAACAAGUCUUAAGAUUUGUUCAUAUUGUUUGUUUUGGGUGAUGGGACUCUGAUGCAUGGGCUUGUCCUCUUCCGAGGUGCCUAUACCCCAACCCUAGGAGAUAUGGUUUGAAUUAGUGGUAAUCCUUAGUAAAAGAUAUUUCAGUUAAUAAUUUGCAUAGAUAUGAUACCAUCGGUAAUGCGAUAAGGUGAUUGGUAUAGCCUUACGUCUUUGAGUCAUACCCUUGACUUAGAGAAUCUCCUUGGUAAUUGCUUCUUACAUAAUGAGCAGAGCAUCCUUCAGGUAGAUUGAGUAGUUAGGUUAAAAAGUGCAAGUUAAAAAUCAAAUGCAAGUUUCACUCUCCCUGAUGUUCAGUAAAAUGACAGUCUUCUCUCUGUGUUCAUCUUUAUUCAUCAUUACUUAAUCAACCACUAAAUUCUGCUUUGUAGCAUAGAUUGCAGCCCUUAGGAGCUGGAGUGAAGGUGAGCUUGGUUGAGUGCUGUGUGUCUUAUUCUCUAAGCCUGGAAAUCCUUUGAAAAGGUUACCUGAAACAACAGUCUGCUGUUUUAGCAAGCAUGUUAUGGAGUAAUUGUUUUGUCUCUGAACAAGUGAGGCCUGAAGUGUGUGAGCUACCCUUUUUGUUCUUUGUAACCUUAGCCAUGAGCUCUAGAGCCUCCCCUCCAGAGGAUGCGAGAUGUAUUAGAUUUCAUUUGUUAUACUUACAUAUUGUAGAGGGAGUUAGACUUGAAUUACAAAGGAAAUCCUCUAGUUUAAACAGACAUACCUGUGUUUCUACUGCAUUAUCUCUCCCUGCUCUGAUGAGAUAACCUUCAUAGCUGUUUCUGUUACAUCUUAACCAAGUCCAGAUCCCUAUGACACAUUGCUGGUAAACACAGUUAAAUGCCAUGAACGAGCGUGGAGGCCCACACCUUUCAGCCCCUAAAGCUGUGUACCGUCAGCUACAAGCACAAGGCACCCAUGUUUACAGCUCUUCCUAGGAGCCUCCAAUCAGGUCUUCAUGGCCACAGUGCUAAAGCAGUUUCUGACUCAAACUUUGACUCAGGAUGGCUUCUUCACACAAGUGGUUCUAACAGGUACCAUUGGUGACAGCCUUCUACUUCAUUCUUACUGUUCGACGUUGUUACUUGACACCUCCCGUGUGUGUGUGUGUGUGUGUGUGUGUGUGUGUGUGUGUGUGCGCACACACACACACACACACACACACACACACACACAAAAUCUCUUUUUCAAUUUUCAGAUCCUGCCCUCCAACAACUUGUUACUCCCUUUCACAAACAGAAGUUAGGAGAAGAGGGGUACCAGUGUCUUGAGGCUUGUGGCCAUGCGUCCCCAUGUGGGUGUAGAUUAGUUUUCUAGCAACUACAGGCAAAUCACCUGUCCUUUAUUACACAAGUUCAAGCUUUGAAGCAGCCUUAGUAACUGUUUACCCCUCUGAUUCACUAGGGAUGGGUUAUUUCCCUAGUGCCAUAAGUAUGUUUGAUUUGAAAAGCAUCCCCGUAUACUGGUCAGUCAUGUGUAAAGCCUGAUGGUGUGGGGACAGACUGUGCUGAGAGACGAGGUAGAGCAGAAGCAGAUUUGUGUGGGCGUGCCUAUUCGCCCUGAGAACUGACCGCUACCCACUGAUCCCACUGGCCCAAGGUUGCACUCGCUUGCCGAGUUAUCUGCCCCAUCUUCAUCUGUCCUCUUUCUGGCUCCUAGCGUUGACCACCUUGUAGUGUUUAUUAUUUUUGUUACUUGGAUCUACUUCCAAGUCUUACUUCUCCGUGCCACCUUCCUGCCACAUUGCCUUACAGCUCUGAGACACAGCUUCCUCUUCCUGCAUUUCAGCCUUGUUUAUCUCCAUCUGUAGUAAGUACAGCUGCCCAGUGUGGCCCUCGAAUGAACUCCACCGUUUUCUGUUUCUUCCCCAAUGCCCUGACAACCCCCUAUCCCCCAUGCAGUUUGUUCUCUGUACUCGCUGAGUUUCUUUUCCCAUCUUUUCACUAGACUUCGCAUUGUUUAAGAUUCAUUUCCUCCAUAGAACUCAAUGGAGAUAGCAUCUGUGGUUCUCAGUUUUUCCUUACAUGCUUGGUUUUUUUUUUUUCAUUUUUUGGUGCUAGGAGUUAAACCUCGGUCUUGCAUGUGAUUGGCAGCAGUCUGUCACUGAGUUAUACCUCCAAGUCCAUUUACCAUUACAUAUCUUGUUUUGUUCUUUGUGAUUCCUGUAAGCAGCAGUGCUUCUUUUCCUUUUUGUUGUUUGUUUGGUUUUCAUUUGAGUGCGCAGCAUUGAACUAAACAUACUUGUUUUGGGGAGUUACAAGCAAAUAUUUCAAAUAAGUAAAAGCACUUACUAAUUUUUCCAAAGAAAGACUAGGCACAUUGUAAUUGUCAGAAGAUUCUGUGAUCUUAAAGUUAAAGUUAUAUGUUGCCCGACAGUGGGAUAGGUUAUGAGGAAUGGAUAUUGGUUUUUGUCAUUGGAGAACCAACUGACACCGCUGUGGUGUCACAAGGCCAUCACAGUGAGCCACAGUCUCAUGUGUGGUCCAUCGUUGACUGCAGCUGUGUUGGGCGCACCUGACUGUGCUUGCACUCUUUUGAACUCGAAGCCCAUCCAUGGCAGCCCCUCCUCCAUCCAUCCCAUCAUAGUCGCCACCAGUGGUCACUCUGCCACCCUCUCUCAGCUGGGCCAAAGGACACCUCGCUUCAUUCCUUCUCUGGGGCCUGACUGCUGUGGCUUUCCUCCCCUGCAUAUCCUUGUACUCCUCUGUCAGACAUGCUUCCCCUGGCUUGGGGCUUUCCCGCUGUCUUUUGUCUGUCUGGAACAGGGAGUUUGCCUUUCCUUUUAGCCCAUCGGCAUGCAUGCCACCAUUUUAGUGCAAUCUUGCCAACAUUUGUACUCCAUGUUGCCAUCCAUUUUGGGGGCGGUAUUUGUUGUUGUUUUCAUUUUUUUUUAUAGGAGGCAGGACCUUGCAACAGUAGUCUCCACAAGGACAAGCAUCUUCUCUCUGUGUAUUCCUUUACGUAGGAUGUAGUGGGUCUGGACAGAUGCUGGCACAGAGACUCAAUUUCACACGCUUUUGAGCCCCUACUUCUCUGGGGUAACUGGAACUGGUCAGGAGAAUCUUGGCUUAUAGAGAGAGAGUGUUUCUGGCAUAUUGAAGAUCCCUCUUCAGACUGCCUAGAUAGAUCUCCCAGGUACUUACCUGAGACUCUCAAGAGGGGGUGGGGCUUCAGAAAGGAAGCUGAAUGAGGGUGUGUAAAAUAACUGGCUCUCAUUUCCUGCACAGUUCAAAGGCAGCAGGGGUGGGGGAGGGUUGGAGAAUUAGAGGUCUCUGCUGGGGAGCUCACUGGACUCUCUUCAGUUUGUUGACAGAGGCUGAGGUUGUUGGAGGGCUGGCCAGCAGAUGAGAGCUGCUGCUGUGCUGACGUCCUCUUUGCAGGCUUGGGGCCGGGCUCACUGACUGCCCACACAGGAGUUUGUAACUACUGUCAGAACCAGAUGACAUCACAUGAAGGUGGGAUGCCCUUCCUUUCUUACCCUGUCAGUUCAUAAAAUGAAGUGGGCGCUCAUGUAAAAAUUCAUGGCUUUUACAAUUCCAGUGACCUUGUUGUGUAGGUCACUUUCUCAGAGUAGGUAAAGCUGUCGUAAGAAUUAAAUGUCCUGCCAUCCUCUUGGAGGAUUGUAUUUUGAAAUGCUGUGAGAUCCUGUUAUCUGUUUGUUCUUGCCUUUUCCAAGUUGACUGGACUCAUGGUCAGCACAUACCUGGUGGGCAGAUGGGUUUAACCUUCAAAUUCAGGCUCCUUGAAGAGGUGAAGAAAGUGAGACCCAAUCAUAUAAAAGGUUUGGCUAGGUGGGCUUGUAUAGAACUGCUGCCCCAAGUUGUCCCCUAGGGCUUCUUUGUAGUCCUUUCUGUAUUGAAUUUUAUUCUUCUUUCUGAAAGAGAAGCCACUGAGAUCAGGAACUGAAAUUGCUAGAAAAUACUUUUGGGAACUUAAAUUGCGAGGUAGAGACAAGGUGACUGCCAAUAAGAAAGCUGAACUGCGUACUCCCAAAUCUUCUUUUCUCUUUAGAGGGGUCAAUUUACUUUCUCUUUGCCACUUGAAGCAUUUUAUGGGGUCCUAGAAAAAUGUCAUCCACCUCCAAGGUCCAGGUUUAAAUCUUAGGGAGGCUGCCUUGGGUUCUGAUGGAACAUCAUGCAGCUGAGAAGGCAGCCAGCUAGAUGUUCUGUGUGAGCCUGGCCACUCAGAUGACCUGUCUUGUUUCCUCUUUGAGUACUAGUCUUAAACAAGGUCCUAAUGCCUCAUAGCCAUGUUAAUCUCAACUACUGAGAGUCUGGAAAUUCAGGUUCCGUGUCUGUAACUGGCUAUCCUAACCAUGCACACAGCAGAGAGUCUAAUGAGAGCGUGGACAGGCUGAGGUGUAUAUGGAAGCUGAGUGGCUGUUGCUAAGGGACUGCACCUCAUGUAUGAGGUUUAGGUGUGAUUAAAGUCUGUGCUAACUCUUCAUUCUGCCCCCUUUCCUUUUCUUUAAACAUCAAACAGAAUAAAAAUUGAUUUAGAGAGAUGGUUUGCAGAACCAUCCCCAGGAGGAGGCCUCUUACAAACCACACACACCUGUGUCAUCUAUGGCCUUAUUACCUAAAGAACAGAGCGCUGAUAGACCAGGGUGCUUUGCGUUUUCCUUCUUUAGACCUCUGAUUUCUCCUCACAGUUGGAGAACAUGUGAUGGUGUAAGGAAGACUGCUUUCCUUUGCUGUGCUGUGUAGGCUGGAUGGUAGGACUAGCAGAGAAGUAGUGUCUGCCUGCUCUGAUUCCUGUGAUCAUGUCACAGCCUUUUUAGAAUUGUGUCUGAAAUGAAGCUGUGUCUUGAUGACAGAAAUACAGGGACAAGAGAGGUAGACUCUGUGGGUCAUUUGCUCUUUAAACAGUUGCGGUAAGUGAGAAGCAUUGGUGACUGGAUUGCUUAACUCUGCCUCAGAAGCUGUUUUGCCAUUUUUCUUUUCUCAAGGGAAUCUUAAACUAACUUGCAUGUUUGCAUGUAUAUGAAUGCAUAGUAACACAGAGUGAGGGACAGGGAGAAGAGGUAUAUCUUUGGUUUUUUUCAUUCAGGCUGAAAACCAGGUGUCAUCCUAAAGAUUUCAUGGAGAACUUGGUACAGUUUUCCCUCAUAGGUUACACAUUCUUCCUUUAAUAUCUUUGUUCUAUUUUAUAUGACUGUUGUUUAUAGGAUCCCAGAUUUCUGUCAAGAAUCGUAGUUUUGGUUUUUUGUUUUUUGUGGGUUUUUUGUUGUUGUUGUUGUUGUUGUUGUUGUUGUUGUUGUUUUAAAUCUGGAAGAUUCAAGUCCUGACCCCUGAGGAAUGACAGCUAACAUAAAAGGGGUACUGAAAACAUUGUCAGUGCCUGUUCUGGCAGACCUCUAAGACCCUGAUGCUGCCCUUGAUCAAGGCUGCAAACCUGCAGGAUGAAGCAAGCGCAGCUCCUGGUUCUUGCUUUUCACCAUUACUUCCACAGUGCAUACAGGACUCAUUAAGAAGAACAUUUUCUGCUUCAUAAACUCUCACCUCACCACAGCACAUCUGCUGUUUGCCAUGUUAAGGGUUCUUCCCUGUUAGCUCCUUCAUGCCAGACAUAUACAGAAGGAGGGGAAGGUAAGGAAGAGGGUGGGAAGUCCUCUAGAAAGCCUUCUCUUCAGGUCGGUUUGAAGAAAGGUAAGACAAUCUUGGCUCAAUUCUUCAUUGUAAUUUUCAGAGAAGCUAUAGGUUUGUCUUUAUACUCAUUAUACAUGUUGUAUACCAAAAGUUAUCUUAGAUUCUUAAAUGUUCUAAAACACUGUAGCAGCACCCUUCGUGCUUUGAGUAAGAAGUAAGUUUCCAUUCUGAAAUGUGUCAUAAACGUUUUCAAGACCCACAGUAUCUUAAGACAGACUACUGCUCAGCUGCCAUGGCUAUUGUAAUCCACAGAAGUCACAUUACAUUUGCAGCAAAGACGUGGUUAGAUGAGCUUUCUGGGGGGAUUGGGGUUCAGCCUAUCCGACUCUAAAACCUCCUGCCUCAUCUCCUUGUUGCUGACAUUGCAGCGUGUACCUCCAAGCCCUCGAAGCAUUUGUUUUUGACAAAGACCUUUCCUCUAACACUGGGCUGAGGGAUUACAGUAACAAACAUUGUGGUCCCUAUAACGUCUGCACUAUGCAGGAAAUACAUGCACAGAACCUAGAGACCUUAUUGGCCGGUGGAAAGGCCGGCCUGCUGUUUGAGCCAGGCUAUCAGUUGGAUAGUCUCAUGUGAGAAAGAGCAGUGCUGUAUCUGGAUGAAGCGAAUGCCCUUGAUUGGUCAUCUUAGCAGCACAGGCUGUUUAUUGGUCAUAAACUUAGUUUUCUGGUAUUUAUGUAUUUUUCCUUCUAGAUAUUAUUAGACUGUUGUCUUAUAGCCCAUACUGAAAACAUGCUGUUCCUCUUUUAAAUGGAUUAUCGCUAUCGCUAUACAGCUUUGUUAAUAAAAUUUUAAAUGUGAGGCAGAAUAGCAGUUAUUUUUCUAUUUUCCUGUGAAAACAACCCCACAAGGGAACUGCAAUGAACAAUGAUGUAUUUCCUCCAUCAUGAUGGAAAAUAAGCCAUUAUUAUUUCUGCUCUGAGUCACAGUGAACUUGCUGACACUGAGAUGUUUUAAAAUCAUAAUCAUAAGGAACAGGUUAGGGCAGAAAUGUAGAUGCUAGGCACAGGAUUACCUGCUUAUUAAGAUGUUUUACAACUCGGAUGGUUCAGGCUUUCCGGUGUAGUGUCUGUCCCUAAGCCUUACACACUAAACACUGUUGCACAAUUAUUGCUUGGUUUUAGAUGGUGCCAAAUGGGCCGAUGCCUCACAUAAUUACCAUUUUAAACUUCAUUGUUACAGAAUAAACACACACCGCACACACACAUGCGCACGCACACACACCGCACGCACGCACGCACGCACGCACGCACGCACACCGCUCUUCUCCCUUUCCUCAGUCCACUCAACUUCUGUCCCAUAGAAGAACUCCAGUUGUCCAGUUAGUAAGUGUAGGCACCGUAGAGCGCGGAUGUCAGAGCUGGAUGAGCUGUCGUCAGUGUUAUAACUGACUCAUGGGACUGCAGAGAACGGCACUGACAAAGUGUCUUAAGUACACAUCCUAAAGCUGCCACGUGGUUUGUUCUAUCGAUGCUGUGUAAUCAGAUUGGGUGGUGGCAGGUGAUGAGGGAACCUACUGUGAACUGUGGGAAAUAUGCUAGGGAUUGAGGUGGGCCUGAGGCAUGUGAGGUGUAUGUUGUUAGCAAGCAGUUCUAGUAUUUUGAAUUUAGAAAUUUUUCAUUGCAUUUGCGGGGUGUGUGCAUUCAUGCGUGGGGUACGAAUGUGUGUGAGUACCACAGCGUGUGUGGAAGUUAGAAGACAGCUUGCCUGAUUUGGUUUUCUCCUUCCAAUAUGUGAGUUCCAAAGAGGAAGGAAACCAGGGUCUCCUGGUUGGGCGUUACAUACACUUACCCAUGAGUUGUCUUGCCAGCCCAGCUAGUAUUUCACAUUUUUGACAGCAACUGUCACCUGAAAUAGAUCUGCUUAUUUUUGUUUUCAGUGCAUGGUGGUUCUGCUUGCAUGUAUGCUGUGUUGCCAUGUGUUAUGUGCCUGGUACCUGUGGAGACUACUUGGAGUUACAGAUGGCCGUGAACCAUUGUGGGGGUGCUAGAGAUUGAACCUGGGUCCUCUGCAAGAACAAGUGCUCUUAACUGCUGUGCCGUCUCUCAGAAAUAAGUUAUUUAGUCGUGUCUGUCACAGACACUGCUAGUAUUUGCUACCUGUCAAAGGGUUUUGGAAAAAAAAAAAAAAACAUGUUUUACUACCACUACCACUACCACUGCCACUGCCACUACCACUACCACUAUCACUGCCACUGCCACUACUACUACCACUUCUACCACUACCACUACCACUACCACUACCACCACCACCACCACCACCACUACUACUACUACUGCUGCUACUGCUGCUACUAUUGUUGUUGUUGUGUGUUGCUGCUGCUGCUGCUGCUGCUGCUGCUGCUGCUGCUGCUGCUGCUGCUCACCAAUGCCAUGUUCUUCCAAUGGGAUCCAGUAGUCUAUGGCCUCCAGGGACUGCCUUUUCCUAUGAAAAUUUUAGACAUUAGAUUAAAUAUAUGCAAAUGGUAAAGAUCAUCCAAUUGGUCUUGUGGUUCUAAGCCACAAAGAUUGUGUUUUCUUGGCCAAAUUCUAGUUAGUCUAUGGCUCGAGGGGAAAAAUGAGACUUCAUUUUCCUUGGAAAACCACUAACAAACAUAAUGUCAAAAGGUAGACAGGCAAACACCGGGGCUAGAGAAAUGGCCACUCCCCACCCCCUUUAAACUUAUUAUUAAUUCUUUGUGAAUUUUAUAUAAGGCACCCCAGUUUCCUAUCCUUUUGUAUCUGUCCUUUGCCCUUGCAGUUCUCCCUCAAAAGAAAACUAAAAACAUGAAAAUUAAAAACAAAAAAAACAUAAAAAACAUCUCAGUGUGGAAUCUGUAGCGCUUCACGUGUGUACCACAGCACACCCUCUGUCCACUCAUGUCAACUCGGAAAGGUUCAGUGCAGGAGUCAUUGGUCUGCUUCUGCUACGCUGUCAAUGCUGGAUCCUCCCUGGGACUCCUCCAGGAUCUCCUGCUGUUCCCCUGUGUCGUGGAGACCCUGCAGCUUCGGAUCCAUAGGAUCCAGGCCUUUUCUCUUACAAGUUCCUGCACCUGUAACUGGUGUCCUGGAUCCAGUGGACCCUGUCUCUGGCCUCCUUGGGUGCAUAUGCUCAGGCCCACACAUGAGCCCACAAAGCUAAAAAAAAAAUCUUUAAAAGAUGCUUUUGAAAAUGGAGCUUUAAGUCAGGAGCAGCACACACUUGAAGGAGGAGGAGGAUGUUGCUUUCCAAGUCUAGCCUGGCCUAAGAUGCCCUCCAUCCUAAGGCUCUCCUUCCCCUGAAAGCAGUAGAUCUUUUAAAUCUGUUAUCUGUGGUUCUAUGACACAAAUGUGUGACACUUACCCAUGACUAUAUUGUAUAAUGUGUUUGUAUCAAAAGGUAAUUUUAUUUCAAGUUACCAAGCCUCAAAACUUACAAAUGAUUCCGAUAUUAAAUAUGAGUGGUUUUAAUAGCGUUGAGCUAUGUACUAGUCAGAACCGAAAAACUUUUGCAUUUGCAUUAGCUGUCAUUGUUUAUUGUCACAUCUCUAAAACAGCAAAAAUACAUUUGAACAUUUAUUCCACCUGGGGGUUUUAAAGCAGCCUUGAAAAUAUCCUUGCUACCUACAGAGAAAGACACACAUGUUCCUUCCCACCACUCAGGAGGACCCAUCACAUCAGCUGAAAUUUGUCUUUUAAAAACUGGUCGUGACAAAUCUUAAUGCUUUGCAGAGAGGAGGAGGAAUUUGGUGAUGUGAUUCUGAAUGGAAAAUUUUCUCCCACACUCUUACAUAAUACUUUAUGAACCAGAGAAUUACUUAGAGACAAGGCUUUAAUUUGGAGACCUGUUCUAAUAAAAUGAAAUAAAGUAGAUUAAGAGAUGCCACAUUAGCAUUGAGCUGACCUCCUGAGCGACAACAUGAGAUAACAGAAGUGUUUUUGGUUUGAGGAUGCAGCCAGCUUCGCUACAUAACAGCAAGAAGCCAGCCACAUCUUCUUAGUAGCAUGAAACUUGCAUAUGUCUGAGUUCACUUGGACAGUCCACUUUGUAGUCUGUCUUUGGGGUCAAGGCUAGAAAAGUAAGUGGCUUUCGGGUAAGUUUUCAUGAAAGUGUCAGGUGUGUAAGAGCAGGGACUUGUUUUGGUUUUAGUUGUAUUUUUUUAAGAUUUAUUUAUUUAUUGGGGGUCUACAAAAGCUUGAUAAAGCCCAGCGUCAACAGAAAUUACUUCAGUAGUCAAAUGCAAUAAGGCAGCCAACCAGAACAAGGACAUUGACUAUAAGGACAUCUAUUACUUCUGUGCACUGCUUUAAAUAGUGUAGAAUGUUGAAUUUGGGGGAGAGGAGAUUGAAGUGGAGUUCACAAUGGAGGCCUUAGACUCAUGUGUGGCCUGCACUGAUCUGUAAAUCCAAAGUCUUCUUGCCUCAGCUUUCCCGGUGCUAGAGUUUAAGGUGUGAAUCACCAUGCACAGCUUGGGUAAUAGCUCUUAACUGUUGUAUUGGGCUAGAGAAGAGACUCUAAGCCUUAUUGUUCAUUCAUCUAUAGCUCUGUUGUAGUCUCUGCCUGUGACAGUUUAUAAGACAUGCAGAAGACACAGAUGAAAUAUCCAAACAGGGACUUUGGGGUGAGCACGCUGGUGUCCAUGAUUAACAACUAAGGUGGACAGCCAUCUGGCCCAAGGAUUGAAACAUCAACUCAGACCUUUGAGUCUUUGAUGUGUAUCACCAGCAGUCUUUUGCUGGCAUCCACGAUGCAUAUCUCAAAGGUAAACAUGAAAAUAAAGUUACACUACCUGUGCCAGUGCCCCGAAGAAGACAGAGAAAACUUUGCAGAGAUCAUCUUGGGUUUUCUUGUCUUGAUUGAAGGAUGGGAAGAAAUAAACUAGACGGUAUGGAUAGCCUUCUGGGAAAUUAGAAUGUCACAAUAAAUUUGGAGGGCCUUAGCAUGGUCUGAGGAGAGGAUGGAUGAGACACGGGGCUACAGGGAAGGCAGCAGGAUUUAAAGUAAAGCUGUCUGAAUAUGAUCACUUGUGAGGUGCGGGCCAUGCGUCUGGGUAGGUAAACUGGGCUGGGCAGAACAUUGGGCAAAUAGCAUCUCAUGUGAGCAAUGCUCACAGGCCUGAGCCCUGCUUUCUCCCAUGUCCUUGCAUGAAAGAGAGUACAACAUACUGUCACAUAGAACUCCCCUUUCAUACGCUAAUAAGCUGUUACAUUACUUCUGGAAUGUGGGUUCCUGUAAUACUGUUUCAGGUUCACUACCUAGGCAGCCAAGCAGGUGUGCAUGUUAGGAGUGAAGAACCACAGAAAGAAGCUUGGUAUGGACAAUUAUCAGCUUGGUCACCAAAGUAAUGGAUGUUUUGAGAUCGGAUGUUUUGAGAUUGUAAUAUUUGCUUUAUUUCAGUUAAUAAUAUUUAGAAAAUUGUUUUGACUGUAGUGUGGCUGAGUGGAAGAUGCCUUUAGUGACUCCCUGUAUCACUGUGUCAGAGCAGUUUUCCUUUUGUGCCACGUUUGCUGAUUCUAGAUUAUAAGGUUGAUUCUUAACUGCCUUUAAAUAGUUGUCAACUGAUCAUAAGAAUCAUUUAAAUUUUUUAUUUUACAUGUUUGUCUGAAUGUGUGGUAUCUUUGUCAUGUGUGUUUUAAAAGUGUACACGAGUGCUUGUAUUUGGAAGCCAAUGGAGGAUACUGGAUUCUCUGCUCUAUCACUCUUCUGAGUGUUUCUCCCUAACCAUGACCAGGAAGCCCCGAAUGCCCUCCUCCUCACUGCCUACAGAACUUGCUUCUGAAUGCUCACACACAGCAUUUACAUGGACGCCGGGGAUUGAAGCUACUGUUUGUAGCAAACUGGUUAGCUGCAGCAUACCAUGGCGAAUGCAGGACAGAGAGAGGAGCCAUGCUAACGAUGAACACUGCAGCACAGAUGGAGUUUCAGCAUCGUGACAGCAACAUAGCAAAUAGCAGUCUAAUGGGGAGAACAGAAUUCAAUUCGCCACAAUCUGUCCCUACACAGCAAGUUUAUUCGAGUACAGAAUGAAGGAACUGGGAAAAGUUCUUGGUGGAUGCUCAAUCCAGAGGGAGGCAAGAGUGGGAAAUCACCCCGGAGAAGAGCUGCAUCCAUGGACAACAACAGUAAAUUUGCUAAGAGCCGAGGACGGGCUGCUAAGAAAAAAGCAUCUCUCCAGUCCGGGCAAGAGGGUCCUGGAGAUAGCCCUGGGUCUCAGUUUUCUAAAUGGCCUGCAAGCCCUGGGUCCCACAGCAAUGAUGACUUUGAUAACUGGAGUACAUUUCGUCCUCGAACCAGCUCAAACGCUAGCACCAUCAGUGGGAGACUUUCUCCCAUCAUGACAGAGCAGGAUGACCUGGGGGAUGGGGAUGUGCAUUCCCUGGUGUAUCCACCCUCUGCUGCCAAGAUGGCGUCUACACUGCCCAGUCUGUCUGAAAUCAGCAAUCCAGAAAACAUGGAGAACCUUCUGGAUAAUCUCAAUCUUCUCUCAUCCCCAACAUCUUUAACUGUGUCAACCCAGUCCUCGCCUGGCAGCAUGAUGCAGCAGACACCUUGCUAUUCAUUUGCACCGCCAAACACCAGUCUAAAUUCCCCCAGCCCCAACUACGCAAAGUACACGUACGGCCAAUCCAGCAUGAGCCCUGUGCCCCAGAUGCCUAUGCAGACACUUCAGGACAGCAAAUCAAGUUAUGGAGGAUUGAACCAGUAUAACUGUGCCCCAGGACUCUUGAAAGAGUUGCUGACUUCUGACUCUCCUCCCCACAAUGAUAUUAUGUCACCAGUCGAUCCUGGAGUGGCUCAACCCAACAGUCGGGUCCUGGGCCAAAAUGUACUGAUGGGCCCUAACUCAGUCAUGCCAGCCUAUGGCAGCCAGGCACCUCAUAACAAAAUGAUGAACCCCAGUUCCCACACCCACCCUGGACAUGCACAGCAAACUUCUUCAGUCAAUGGCCGUGCCCUGCCCCAUGUGGUGAACACCAUGCCUCACACAUCUGCCAUGAACCGCUUGACCCCAGUGAAGACACCUUUACAAGUGCCUCUGUCCCACCCCAUGCAGAUGAGUGCCCUGGGCAACUACUCCUCUGUGAGCAGCUGCAAUGGCUAUGGUAGGAUGGGUGUCCUCCACCAGGAGAAGCUCCCAAGUGACUUGGAUGGCAUGUUUAUUGAGCGCUUGGACUGUGACAUGGAGUCCAUCAUUCGGAACGACCUCAUGGACGGAGAUACCUUGGAUUUUAACUUUGAUAAUGUGUUGCCCAACCAAAGCUUCCCGCACAGUGUCAAGACUACAACACACAGCUGGGUGUCAGGCUAGGAGUUAGUGAGCAGGCAACAUUUAAAAGUCCUUCAGAUUGUCUGACACCGGGAACUGAGGAGCAGUCCAAAGAUGCCCUUCACCCCUCCUUUUAGUUUUCUUGAUUAAAAAAAAAAAAUCCUUUUUCCUUUCGUCAGACUUGGCAGCAGAAACACGUUCCUGUGCAGGAUGUUUGCCCAGCACCCACAGGUUAUGUGCUCCUGUAGAUAAGGACUGUGCCAUUGGGAAUCAUGACAGCAAAGUGCCAAACUCACUACACCACUUAACUGCAGAAAAGACUUUCCGAUCCUGGCGUGCUUUCAAGUCUUGUAUAUAUGCAGUAGAUACAGAACCGUAUCUGUGUGUGUGUGUGUGUUUUUUAAAUCUACUCGGCCCAAGGAAAGUUUAUACUCUUUUGUAAUACUGUGAUGGUCUCAUGUCUUGAUGGACUUGGCUGUGUACUGCCUGUGCUCUGCUAAGGUGAUGAAUCAUGAACUGAGAUCUCCAUUCUGCACCUCUGCUGAAUGACGGAACCUGAUCGUCUUGCCACAGGAUUCGGAUGAGAACCAAGUAGCCGGUGAUCAAUCUGCUGAAUUAAUGGACUUGUCAAACUUUGGGGCAGAAUAAGAUUAAGUGCCAGCUUUGUACAGGUCUUUUCUAUUAUUUUUGUUGUUUAUUUUGUUAUUUGCAAAUUUGUACAAACACCUUAAAAUGGUUCUAAUUUCCAGAUAAAUGACUUUUGAUGUCAUUGUUAGGACUCAACAUUUUUUGGAAUAGAUACUGAACUGUAAUGUUUUCUUAAAAACUAGAGUCUACUUUGUUACAUUGUCUGCUUAUAAAUUUGUGAAAUCAGAGGUAUUGGGGGGCCGCAUUCAUAAUUUUCAUUUUGUAUUUCUAACUGGAUUAGUACUAAUUUUAUACGUGCUCAACUGGUUUGUACACUUUGGGAUGCUACCUGAUGACGUUUCUGACUAAUCUUAAAUCAUUGUAAUUAGUACUUGCAUACUCAACGUUUCUGGCCGCUUGGACAGGAAAGUGAUGUAUAGUUACAGACACUUUGUGUUUUGUAUGUAGAAGAUCUAUGUGUGUAUUUUAAAGAAAUUUCACCUGCUUCUAUUACCCUGUGAAUUGUGUACAGCACCUAGCACCAAGACUUCAGAUAGAUGCCCCGUGCCACACUCUUGCAGAUGAUGCCCUGUGUCAUGCUGUCAAAACAGUUCCCAUAGGGAAGCCUCCUGUCUGUGCUCAGGAAAGGGGAACUUUCUCUAAGGUGAUGUUCUUUGUCUAACUGCGUGUGGUUCUCCUCAUACUCGGAGCUCUCGGCUUGUGUCCAGGAUGGAGGUGGCAUUAUGGCUGUGUCCUGAAGAAUCAUGUCGCUUCUCAGUCUCCACCUCUGUUCUCUUGGCUCUGAACAGUGUAAAUCUAAGGAGGAAGUUUGCAAAGAGAACUUCAGUGAUUUAUGGAGUGCUUUGUGUUCUUAAGUACAGACAGUGGCAGAGUUAGUUAAAAAUUGAAACAAUAAAACUUGAAAACCAGCCAGCUAUAAAUGCACAUUUAUUUUGAAAUCCUUAGCUUAAGAAUUUGAGUAUUUUCCAACCUUGAGCGGCCUAAUCUAUGUCUCAAACAUUAAGUUUUUAUACUUUCUAUUUACCUGAAAUUCUAGCAGUCCAGGAUAAUUGGCUUUGCCUCUCAUUCCGUCCAUCAGCAUUUCUGAGUCAUAUUGAAUACUCGAAUCCCUCACAGUUUGAGGAACAGGUGUACCACAGUAUCUCUCUUUGCCUUCCUGAAGGCCUGGUCUCCAUGUAGAAACCCAAAUCACAUUUUUUUUAAAGUAUGUUACACCUCCCUCCCUCCCUCCCUCCCUCCCUCCCUCCCUCCCUCCCUCCCUCCCUCCCUCCCUCUCCUUCUCUGUCUGUCUGUCUGUCUGUCUCUCUCUCUCUCUCUCUGUGUGUGUGUGUGUGUGUGUGUGUGUGUGUGUGUGUGUAACAAGAAUAAAAUGUCCCUGGUUUUCACAGUUGGCCAGCUUUGUCAUAAGCUUCCCACCAAGACUUUUACUUUUUUUUUUUUUUUUCCGGGAGCUGAGGACCGAUCCCAGGGCCUUGUGCUUGCUAGGCAAGCGCUCUACCACUGAGCUAAAUCCUGAACCCCGACUUUUACUAUUUUAAACAUGUAUUGAACUACUGCUCCUCUGACCACGUUUAUUUGGGCACUCCAAAACAGGGCUUAUUUUAGAAAUAAAUUCCUCCAAGCAAAGCCUCCUGCAAAUGCAGUACAACUUACUGGUGUCAAAGAACUCAGGUCUCCCUUUCUGCCUCCAUCUGCCAUUUCAUACCAUUGCAGAAAGAGCCUCUGCAUGUAAUCGUUCAACAGAGGCAGCUCCAGCCCUGAUCAGUGACUUGCUGAACGGCACUGACGUGGAGGUGGCCCUUCCUUCGGAAGCUGUAAAUUCAGCCCCCGAAUUCCUUAGUGUUAAGAUCCUAGAGUGAAUCAUGGGUAGUUGCCUGGGGCACAGUGAAGUCCAGGAAAGGCUUUGUGUCUGUUUUGAAAACAAACAUCAAACAUGUGACCUCGGAGAGUCCUUUUCUGUGAGAAUGUUCACUUUCUAGUAUAUUAUUGUACAUGAUUGCUCUGUGAAAAGACUUCGCCUAUGCAGCCUUGUUUGAUUUUAUUUCCUUUGGUUUGUACUGUUGUUAAGAGCAUAUUGUAUUAUAGAGCUAUUUGGAUAUUUUAAAUAUAAAGAUGUAUUGUUUCCAUAAUAUAGAUGUAUGGAAUAUAUUUAGGUGAUAGAUGUACGACUUGGAAAGUUCUGCUUGGACAAACUGAGUCCAAGUUACUUAGCAAAUAUUAUAUCCUGGUGAGCAGUAAGUCCUGGAACCCAACAGUAAGAGGUUAUAAAGUCACUUAAAAUGGAAGCAGUUCCCCAAAGGUGUACAAUUGGAACUGUUCAACUGCUUAAUAUAUGGCUCCCCUUUCCCCCUAAAAACCCUGGAAGUCUUGGUUUCAGCUCCCAAAAGUUACUGAUUUCAAGUGAAAAGUUUCCCUGUGGUUUCAACUGGGGAGUCAUCGUUCGAUAUAGUGUGCAUUGUGCUUUAUGCAAACAAAACAGCCUGGCACUGCGGCCAGGGAUAGACAGCCUUGUAAGUCCCAUCAGGAUAGAGUCCCACCCUCCCACACACUUUACCACCGGAGUUGAGUGACAGUGCAGAUGCCUUGUUCCUGCUCCAGUACUAUCUGAGAAGUGCCUGAGGAUGAUGAUGAUGAUGUGCUUACAAACACAAGAACAAUCCUUACUAUAAGUUGUAUAAAGCCAUAAAUGUACAUAAAUUAUCUUUAAGUGGC